AUGCAUCUUGUGACUUUAGCUCAAAUGAUCCUGUUGAUCCUGGCCGGCUGUGUAGUAAUUUGGGCAGCCAGCGACGAAGAAGAGUCGUCUUCAAAUGAAUCCAAUUCAUCCUCCUCUGAGGCUGCAAAGGAGCAGAAGCAGCAACAGUUCAAGCAGCAUCACCAACCUCCAGGUGUUCGUCUGAUAUCUUUUGAUACGGUGGACAAGGACGUUGCCAUUGGCCUCGACUAUCUGCUGCCCUUUGUCACGGUGCCAGUGAAACGCAAGCGCCAUGAAGCUCCGAGGCCGUUGGUCAUCGUUAAUUCUGCAGCCAUUUUCAGUUGCGGCUUGGUUGCUGUUGGCGGCAUAAUUGUUGGCCAUUUAAUUCGCAGCAUGGGACUAGAAACAAUUGUGCCUGAUCCUAAGGAGGACUCAGCCAAGAAAGCAGCACGUGGACUCCUCGAUGAACACCAGAAUUUUAUGCAGAUUUUCGACAACUUUAAGCUGGUCUAUCGCAAUGAAAGCGGCGAGAGAGUUGAAACUGGACUAACUAAUUUAGUGGAUACCAUCGAACACAGUCUUUUGGACAACGACAUCGAUCUGCCAGCUUGCUUGUUAAAGUCUCUUUGCACAUUCACUCACAAGGCUGCGAGGAAUGUGCGCAGUGGUCAGGCUACAGAUGUGGAGCUAAUGCUGGAUGGCGUCACUAGUUGGCAUUGGUUGUUAUCCUGGUUCGAGCAGUCGGCGAUCCGUGAAGCUGUUGAAGCUGGCAGAUUGUCUGCGCCACAUUAUUGCAAUGCCAAAUAUCCACGCUGCAAAUGGAAUUCGCCAGAUGAAAAGUUGCUUGCUCUGCUGCACAACAAUGUUCAAUUUAAUUAA